AUGUAUAUCCCAGCCCUCCUGACCGCGGCGUUCGUCCUGCUCGCCUUCGCCAGCGAGCAAGCUACCCAAGGCGAAGAAUGCGGCGAAUGUGGCGACCACCUGCAGAACUACGGCGGCGGAGGAGGCCAUGGAGGUGGAAGUGGACGCUACAACUAUGACAGCUACACCGGAGGACGCGGUCAAAUCGGUCAACAUGCUUCCUGGGGCCAAGGCGGUGGACGCGGUGGGUACGGUGGCGGAUUUACGAACCGUCGUGUUGGUGGAGGAGGAGGAGGAGGAGGAGGAGGAGGUAGGAGUGGAGGAAGGGGUGGAAAUGGUGGUGGAAAUGGUGGUGGAAAUGGUGGUUACAACUUCCACAGUUCAUGUAAAGAUGGCCAGACGGGUUCUUGGGAUGGCCACCAGAUGAGAUGUAAUGAACAGCAGUGGCAGUACCACGUCAACGGCCAAUGGCACACCUGGUCAAGCAGCUCCCAAAGCUACAACUACCAAAGCUCCGACGAAUACGGCAACCACAACAGCGGCUCCCACAGCUCCCACACCGCCAACACCGCCGGCGGCUUCUACAAGGGUUCCUUCAGUGUCUCCAACCAAAUCCCCCUCCACUUCGACAACGACCAAUACUCCAUCCCCCUCAACACACUCUACCCCUACGACACAACCUGCAGCCAAAUCAAGUUCCCCGACAACGACCCUUGCGAAGACUGCGAGUGGCAGAUUCAGAAGGUGCAGUGCCAGGCGUUCUCGGAUCCGCAGGGAAAGAAGCCGGUUGGGGAUUUGUUUGGGUAUAACAAUGGGUGUGAUUUCGGGACGCCGACCAAGGUUUUUGCCGUGUUGUGUACGGUUUCCUAA